UCGUGGUGAACGGUCGAUCGUGUCGUGGGGCGCGCAAGUGGGGAGUGUUGUACUGCUCAGCCUGAAGUUCUUUACGAUUGAUACGCUCGGCAAGCCUCGGAUCCCGCAAGAUGGCAGGCACAGGCUCGAUUGCCGGCCCUGCUGCUGCUUCACCAGCUGUCACUGUGGACGACCCAAUCAUUAGAAUUUACCGCAACAUUGUCGGUAUCUUGGACUUGAGUCCCAGGGUUAUGCGGUCCACGCUAGACAAGGAGUGUGACGACAAACAAAGCAACGAGACAUACAGGCAAUUGAUGGAACGGAGGCGUGGAAGUGCUUACAGCAACGGAGAGUGGAAAAAUCUAAUGGGAUUUUCCUGGAAAAUUCUGGAAGCUUCUAAAACCCCCACCUCGUUAGAUGUCACACCGCUCUUCCUUCUCCUAACAAAAUUGUUCGAUCUCGGCAAGGGCGACAUCGUCAGGGAGCAUGCAGCGCUGAUCGUCAAGUUGCGCGCCGUCAAGGACCUGCGCAAUGACAUCAUGCACGACUUGUACAACGCAGUCGACGCGCAGAAAUUCACUGAGUUGACAACAGUGCUGGUGGAGCUGGUGCGGGAAGCGGGGAGGUUCUAUGCUCUUUCACAGGCAGAUGUUGAUGCUGAGGUACAAAGCCUUAACAACGAAAUCGAAAUAGUGAAGAGAAUGGACAGCCAAAGCAUUUAUUUCUGGUGUACGAGGCUGGCAUCUAGCGGGAAGCAGGCUGUAGGACUACUCUGGGAGGCCAAGCUUGAAUAUGAAAAACUUUCACUGAACGAGGAUACUGUGCAACGUCAGACCGUAUUUCACGCCCUCGACGUGAAUGUGCAAGAAACCGGCAGAGGGAAAACUGUUUCAUACACCGAAAUAUUUGAGGCUCAUGAGAAGGUCAUGGUGGUAUCGGGCAUCGCCGGCGCCGGUAAGACAACCCUCGUCAAAAACAUUGUGCUGCAAUUCUUCAACACUCAAGAAACAGCUCCUGAUUACUUGAGGUCGUUUAACCAGCUCAUCUUCUUCCAGUGCAGGGAUCGCACUACACCAACACUGAGUGACGUCAUCCAGCAGCACUAUGAAGACCUUUGCAAAGAACUAUCGAAAGAAAAUGUCCUCAUGGCUCUCCUGCGCCUCGAUGUCUUAUUCAUCAUAGAUGGCUUUGACGAAGUCAACGAAAGUUCCAGAAAAGUCGUUAUUGAGAUUAUCGAGAAAACAUGGCGCCGAAAUUGUCGUGUGUUGAUCACGACUCGUCCUCAUGCCGUGAAGGAGGAGCUGGCACCUCUGCUGAAGCCCUACGAUGUCAGUUUUACUCAGUACGAGAUCCUAUCGCUCACGAAACUUGCCGACCAACUUACAUUCUUGAGGCGGUAUGAAAUGUCCAUGUGCGGCGGCGCUCAGGUUGGGGCGAUAACACGGAGCUUCGAGUCGCUCAGUGAAGACGUCAGAAGUCUGUUCACGGAACCCAUCAACUUGGUUCAUUUCUGUGAGAUGCAUAAGCACUUCGCUGAGGAAAUAUCCUCGUGGCGAACGCCCGGGGACGUGGCGCCAGUCAAGCUACGACUGUACAGGAAGCUCAUCAGUGCCAAACUAGCGGGCUCGAUUGAUGAGGAUUUGGACGUCCUGGUGGACGACGUGUUCGCUCUGAUCGGUGCUGAAGCGCUGGAGUUGCUCCGUGACAACGUCGUGACUAUCUCAGAGGCAGAGUUGCGAACCAUUAAGCGGAGAUGUCAAGGUAAAAUGAAGGGUGAAGACAAGUUCGAUCCCGCAGUAGUACUCUCAGUGUUGCUGAAGGAUCACAAACCUCUAGAUUUGAACCAGAAUUCAAGCUAUCAAUUCAAGCAUAAGAGUGAGCAGGAAAUGUUUGCUGGUCAUUACAUCGUUCAGUGCAUCAUUGGAGGGAGCGCCGACCUCCUUCACAUCAUACUGGGAGUUUCUAAGGAGGGUAUGAGUAGGUGAGUAUAUGCGUCAGAUGACCUGGUUUAUCACCACGCAUUGAGCAGAGAGCAGUAUGAAGCUUCCAGCCAUGAGUGUUGAGCUGCAUAAUGUUCCCAGCCAUAAGCAGCGAGAUGUAUAAUGUUCUCAGCCAUAGGAAGCGAGCUGCAUAAUGUUACCGGGCAUGAGCAGUGAGCUGCAUGAUGUUCCCAGCCAUGAGCAGCGAGCUUCAUAAUGUUCCUAGCCAAGAGCAGUGAGCUGCAUAAUAGAUCACGCGACCAGGACCUCAGUAUUGGGCGGGAGCCAUGAUUCUAAAUGGGUUGGGAACCCUAGUAAGGUCCCCUCAAAAGCUGACAAGUACGCACGCCGCGAUGUAACUCGCGUUAGAGCUACACGAUCGACGUCUUAGCUUUAUCUGUAUAGUAUCUAUCACAUAUAACCA